UACUAAGUACUAGGUUUGUUUAACAGAAGACAGGUGAGGCGUGGUAGACAUGUGUGCUUUAUUUAUUUCCGCCACGCGGUUGAACUAAAUUUUUGAAGUGUUAAAAAUAUUUCGUAAGUAAGUGAAAAGGUUAACAAUGGAAAUAGGAAACAAGUUUUUUCAAUAUACAGGGUUGAAACUGUUUUUUUCUUUUUUAUCAAAAUGAAAAUGUUUUCCCGCUUUUCAUAAAGACUUAGCAAACUCUAAUAAAAACAUGGCGGAUGAAAACAAGCAACUUUUAACUCCGGAUUAUCAAUCCCCAGCUUGGAGUCAACACUCUUCUCCAAGUAGAAGUAGUUGUGACGUGCACACAACAGAUUGUGACGCCGAUGUGGAAUCAAAUGUAUCGGCAACGUCGUACGACAUGUCGGGAUUGCAGGACAAGCAUGAAGAAAAACAAGUUUCAGCAAUAGAGUUCUUUAUAUUUUUUGGCGGAUUAUUAUUGCUAGCGUUUAUACUGAUUGUGUUUUUGAUUUUCCAACGUCAAGUAACCCUCCACCAUAGUGACCGCGAGCAGAAUGUUCGAUCAAAGACAACGUUUUUCUUUAAACAUAUGAAACAAUGUGGAAGAACUACCAUGAGGAGAGAACACGUCUUAGUCGCAUUUAAACAUGGAAAUGAAGGACUUUGUCGGUUUCAUGAUAUCGACACACAGACGGGGGAGAUACUGAAAUGGAAGUCCACCUUUUCAGGGGGGUUUCUCUUAACACUAUGUGUUUCUGUUAGAAGAUGUUUUGUUAUUUAUAGAAACGGUCUUAUUUUAUCAGUUAAUGCUCAAGGUGAGAAUAAAAAUCGAGGUCAAUAUUGUAACAAAUUAAAAGCAGCCAUGAUAAUAGCUGACAUGAAUGAAGACAAUACGCCAGAUAUUUUGUGUGUUUGUGUAUACAAACACAAAAUGGCGUCGUUAGUAGUGGUAUCUGGAGUAAACGUAGAAAAAAUAAUAAUUGAAUUAAAGACUCCAUCAAGAUUGCAAUUCAAAAGAUUGAUAGAGCACAAGAAUUCCAAUACAGUAAAUAUUGCCAGAAGUAAACCGAUAUACAUGGUUUUUAGAACUGUUUUGCAAUCCGGAUUUAUUAUUCUGAAACCGGUUUAUUCCAUGUACUCCAUAAACAUUCGUACUAUUGGAAAGCUGUGUGUUUUUAACAACUGCACAUGGACAGAAACAGCUCGUUAUGUAACUCAAGGUGAAUCUAUGAAACACGUUGUGCUGGUUGAUUUUAAUAACGACCAAAAACAGGACAUCAUUUUUUUGAAGAAGAACUCCUAUCUUGUUGUUAUUAAUGGAAAAACACAACAUGAAAGUGUUGUAGAUAUACCUGAAGGUUUAGCCAGAAUGAUCCCAAUGUUAUCCGAACAAAAACAAAUGUUUAUUAUUUUAUCGUUCAACACUAACAUUUCAAAUUGUGGAGUUCAUCUAGUCCUUAAUCCAAGAAAGAUGGAAAUAUCACAUUCACAUUCGGCAUCAUCGUUGGACGUAGGUUCGAACAUUCCCUCCAAUUCUGUUCCUCUUUUCGACCAAUCAAAUCUAUAUCUUUCUUACAUAUAUAAUGGACAUCAUAGCACGUGUAAUUUAUCUUCAGAGGAUGCUCCAGAAGGAACAUCCCUUGCGAUGCAUAAUUUAAAAGAAAGCCACUCCACAAGUCGCAUUGAAAAAGAAGUUAUAAACAUGACUAGGGUAGCUACAGAAUAUAACAUUAAGCCACUUUCUGGAAAAGCCACCACAACUUCAGUAAAUACGCAUAAGAACAUAAGACGACGUGAAUAUAAUCCAAUGUACGCAGACGAUUAUGAUAUUGAAAAAAGGCAUGUACCAACUCUACCCAAAAGAUCUGGAAGUAUUAUAGAAAAUAAUGUUUUACAUCCAUUAAAAUAUUUAACCACAUCACACCCAGCCGCUAUGCAUAUGCCUUAUCAGAGAAAUGAGAGUGAAUUUGAUUCAAGCUUUAUGUCACGCCUCUCGAACUUUAUUCGAAAGCUUCAGUCCAGGGUGUUUGGCAUAAGUUUUGUUGUUAUGUUCGCAACUGAUGCUUCUGAUUAUUUACAACCGUCUCAACACCACCACCAACAACGUGCUAUUGAAAACAAGGAAGCAAAUUUGCGAUUUCGGCGUCACAUAGAGGACAAUAGUGAAUAUUCAUGUCCAUACCUCCGGUUAGCGUCUAUAAAAUUAAAAGACACUGUUAUUUCUACACAUAUAACAGCUUCACAUCGCCUCACUGGAUGCAAGCACAAGCGACACAAGAUUAUCGGAUCCAUUUUAAAGGACAAAGUUGUUAUAACCAGCAUAACGCAAUAUUCGGUUACCGGUGAAUUUGAAGGAACUGUUAUUCAAAUAAUGAAUGCAAGAAGAUAAAGUGGUGUUCAAAUUAAAUAUUAAAUGUAGCUAUGUAUCACUUGUGACAAAAAAUAGAUUUGACAUUAGCCAGA